AAGCGGCGGCGGUGGUGAUCGCGCGGGAGGGAGGGAAGUGGUGUAAAGAUGGCGGCGCCCGCGGCCUGGUUGUCGGCGUUGCUGCUCUUGUUGCUGCUGAGCGGCGCUGCCGGGGAGGAGGAUGGGCCCAAGGCCGGCAAGAAGAAGAAGAAGAAAGACAUCCGCGAUUACAACGACGCCGACAUGGCGCGGCUGCUGGAGGAGUGGGAGAAAGACGAUGAUAUUGAAGAAGGAGACCUACCGGAACACAAGAGAACUUCUCCACCAAUAGACUUUUCCAAAAUUGAUGCCAGCAAUCCUGAAAACCUUCUGAAGAUGACCAAGAAAGGCAAGACCUUAAUGGUAUUUGUAACAGUGUCCGGGAAUCCCACUGAGAAGGACACAGAGGAGAUCACCAGUCUUUGGCAAGGCAGCCUGUACAAUGCAAACUAUGAUGUCCAGAGAUUCGUUGUCGGUUCUGACCGUGCCAUAUUCAUGCUGCGUGAUGGAAGCUACGCUUGGGAGAUUAAAGACUUCCUGAUAAAUCAGGACCGCUGUGCAGAUGUCACUGUUGAAGGACAGGUGUAUCCUGGAAAAGCAGCAGAGAAAAAGAAGAAUGAAACCAAGCCUGAUAAGAAGAGAAAAGAUGCAACGGCUUCACAGAGAGACAACCGAGCGAACAAAAAUGAACUAUGAUGCAGUUGAGUUAAAUGGUUUUCAAAUGACUAGAUGAAAUGAAAUUUUCUUUUGUAUUUGAUGAUUGCCUUUUGAUGUUAAGAUUUCUUAUUAUGGAGCUAUUAUUGAAUCCACAGCACUGGAUUUUAUAGCUCACCAAGUUUUUGGAGGUCAAACUGGAGUGUGAACUCCACCUAACGGUCAUUCCUAAUAUGAAGGCACUCCUUUUAAAAAGGUAAAAAUGAAGCCUCUAGGUACAAUUGUAGACUUUUAAAUCACAAUUGCUGCUUGUAUCUUACACCUCAACACUGAAUGGGAUUCCUCUUCAUUUUGUUCUAGUUUACACUUCAAUUUAAAUACAAGUUCCUUUUUGUGAUUUAAGUACUCUGACGCACAGACCAUUAUUUUCUAUUGGUGCCUUUUAUGAACAGUAACAUAUAUACAAAUGUUUAUAACUUCAAAAUGAAAUUAUUGAAAAUACAGCAAGUGUAUGGCCCAUAUAUGUGUAAUGUAUUAAACUGAUUUCAAGCUGUUUCAGACAAUACUCAGGCACAUUCUGUACUGCAUUCAUCUUACUGUAAUGUCUUUACCCCAUCAGCUUUCAUGUUGACUCAGCAGAACCUGAUCUGCGCUGUAGCCUCAAUACAUGGUAUGUUUGUCAGUCUUGCAAAUGUAUUUUUUUUUUGUGGGGCAAAAAAGCAAUUCAGCUGUCAGUCACUUCAGAUGUUUCAAAGAAAAUCACUCAUAAAUGUCUCUUUUUCCUGAGCUAUGUGCUUAGUAUGCUACGUUUUUGAGGUCCCUCCGUUGCUCCAUUCUAUAUGUACAAUACAGUCAGAUCAAGCUGAUGUUCAGUUGUUGUAGAAUGUUGCCUAGAACUUUAAACAUGUUAUCUGACAUUGUAGUAACUGUUACGAUGAUGCUUUUAAAAUGAUUGGAGUAUUUACUGAUAAAACCUCACUUGCUCAAAGGA